AUGGCCAACUUUUGCCUUAUCCUAUGCGUUCUAGCAGCAUCAUGGGCAAUAGUGGCGGCGGAACACCAAGGGAACUCGCCAGCACAGCCACCUGCGGCUGCGCCGGGCAGCGGAGAUGUGAACUGCACGGGUUUGAUAUACAACAUGGUGGACUGCGUACCGUACGUGGCGGUCGGAGGCAGUGACGAAGUGCCUGAGCCCUUGUGUUGUAAUGGGCUGAAGGAGGUAGUGGAAACUGAUGUGGACUGCGUUUGUGAGGCCUUGAAGAGCACCGCCGAUCUGGGCAUAGAUGUAAAUAUGACGAGCGCUGAGGGCGUGGUUUCUGCAUGUGGGCUUUCGGCUUCUCCCAUCAGUGCUUGCAACCGUAAGUAA